AUGACGGAAGCCCACACACUGGACGGAGUCGUCAAUAAACUUACACGAUGUUGUUUAGUGUCGUGAUUAUUUUUGUCGCUUUGGUGGUUUUUAUAGUUAAAUAUGUCUUUGGCAGCUCCGGACCCAACCCGUUUGGGACAGACACUCGUGAACCGCUAAAAGAGAUGGUUCACAACAGGAAGGAGAAGAAUAAAGUGCUGAAGCAGGGUUUUUUGGCCAGUAAAGUACCUGACAACCUGGAUGCAGUCAUCAUCGGCAGUGGGAUCGGUGGGCUCGGGCUCGCUGUGAUGCUGGCCAAAGUUGGAAAGAAAGUCCUGGUUCUGGAGCAGCAUGAUCGGGCUGGAGGAUGCUGCCACACGUUCACUGAGAAGGGCUUUGAGUUUGAUGUUGGAAUCCACUACAUCGGUGACCUGCUGGACCACAAGCCGUUCCGCUGCCAGCUGGACCAGCUGACUAAUGGCCAGCUGCAGUGGGAACCUCUGGACAACCCGUUUGACCAUGUGGUGAUCGGACCUCCAGAAAACCGCCGCCGGUAUCCCAUCUACAGCGGCAGGACCCGCUUCCCCGAAGAACUGAAGAAGUGCUUCCCCGGAGAGGAGAAGGCCAUUGACGAAUACCUGAGGCUGGUCAAAAAAGUCGGACGGGGCAUGUGGCUCUUUGCCAUGCUGAAGAUCUGCCCCGUCCCUUUGGCCAAGUUCCUGGUCUACACCGGUCUGGCCAAACGUCUGUCCUUCUUCUUUGAAAUGGGAUCCCGAAGCCUGACAGAAGUGGUCAAUGAACUUACAGACAACAAGGACCUCAGGGCUGUUUUCACCUACAUUUUUGGCACCUAUGGUAACAUGCCGAAAGAUGCCAGUUUUUCUAUGCACAGCUUGCUGGUCACUCACUACCUGAACGGCGCCUGGUACCCGAAAGGCGGAGCCACUGAAAUCGCCUACCACAUGAUCCCCAUCAUUGAGAAGGCCGGUGGUGCUGUUCUAGUCCGAGCCCCUGUCAACCGCAUCCUGUUCAACGAGGCCAAGGAAGCUUGUGGUGUGAGCGUCAUGAAAGGCCAAGAGGAGGUACAUAUCCGUGCCCCUAUCGUCGUCUCUAAUGCUGGCAUCUUCAACACCUACCAAAAGUUGCUGCCCAAAGAGCUCCAGGCCGUGCCCGCUAUCCAGAAGCAGCUGAGCAUGAUGAAGAACGGUGAAGGUGGCCUCAGUGUGUUUCUGGGUCUGGAUGGGACCAAAGAGGAGCUGGGCCUGAGAGCAGACAACUACUGGAUCUUUACCGAGAACAAUUUGGAUGAACUAUUGGUGAAGUACUUGAAUGGAAAGAGAGAAGAUUCUGCUAAAAGUGUACCUCUCCUGUUCGUUGCGUCUCCAUCAGCUAAAGAUUCGACCUGGGAGGAAAGAUCACCAGGAAAGUCCACCUUGAGUCUGGUCAGUUUUGCCAACUACAAAUGGUUUGAGGAGUGGAAGGAUGACAAAGUGACGAACAGAGGGCCGGAGUACAAAGAGCUGAAACAGACAUUCAUCGACUCCGUUCUGGAGGUGGUCAUGGACGUCUUCCCCAAGAUCACCAGAGACAAGAUUGAGUUCAUUGAUGCCGGCACCCCCAUCACAAACACACACUACAUCGGAGCUCCCAAAGGUGAAAUCUACGGAGCGGAUCACGGCAUCGCCCGAUUCAGCCCUGAACUCAACGCUACAGUGAGACCUCAGACUCCACUGAAGAACCUCUAUCUGACAGGUCAGGACGUGUUUCUGUGCGGCUUUGCCGGCGCUCUCGCUGGAGCUCUCACCUGCGGCUCGGUCAUCCUCAACCGCAACCUCCAUCUGGACGCCAUCAACUUGGCAAAGAAAACUAAAUUUAUAAAUGACAAAUUGAAAGGGGAGUAACAGCCGAACAACUUUGCAGCUCAGUAACUUUUAUUUACUGUAAUUAAUAAGCACUUAAUUUUACAUCUCACUCACUAAAAACCCUGAGACCUCUCAGCUGUGCCUAUACUUUAAAAUAUGCAUACCGACAUGAAGUAUAAUUACCUCAGCUUUAACGAUCAAAAGUUAAAUUAAUUAUGCAUUAUUUUAUAUUAUUCUAAACUGCCAUUGCAGUUAAUGCUGUGCCUGUGGUGUGUUUUAUUUGCAGUUUGUAACAUGUUUACAAAGGCUUCUCCCUUUUAACAUUAAAGGGUACAAACAAUGA